AUUUAACUGUUAUUUUUUCACAGGUAUGGUGCUACAGAAAAAAUAUUGGACCAAGAUUAAAGGCGCCUGUUGCAUAGUGGUAGCAUGCGUCACGGCCCUGGUUAAACUAGUGUCGAAGUACGUCGUUGGCACUUUUUCGAAUUAUUUCGAAAAUCCAUGCAAUGCUCAACGAAAAAUAUACAAAACAGUUGCGGAUAUUCCAGGACCAAGGUCCUUGCCUGUAUUUGGAACCAGGUGGAUUUAUUGGAAAUUCGGUUUGUAUAAACUGAAUGCCGUUCAUUUGGCGUACAAAGACAUGUUUAUCCGGUAUGGGGAUAUUAUUCGCGAAGAAGCAUUGUGGAAUAUACCAGUUAUAAGUAUCAAAAACAGAGAUUUCAUUGAAUGUGUACUUAGACAAAGCGGAAAGUACCCUAUCCGACCCCCAAAUGAAGUAACAGCAAACUACAGAAAGUCCCGACCGGAUCGCUACACAAAUACAGGGCUUGUUAACGAACAAGGUGAAGUUUGGGCUAAGUUACGAAAUAAAUUGACACCGGAACUUACUAGUCCUAGAACAAUAAGAUGUUUUUUGCCAGAAGUUAGCCAGCUAGCAGAUGAUUUUAAUAACCUAAUUUUCCAAGUUAGAGACGACAAUAACGUGGUCGUAGGAUUCGAAUCGUAUUGUAACAGAAUGGGAUUGGAGAGCACUUGUACAUUGAUUUUGGGCAGGAGACUUGGAUUUUUGGACGGUGAGGUGAGCGAAACGGCUAUGCGCCUGGCAGACUCCGUGACCACUCAGUUCCGAGCGUCGCAGGAAGCGUUCUACGGGCUUCCACUCUGGAAAUUAAUACCGACCAGGGCGUACAAAAAAUUCGUAGCUAGCGAAGACGCCUUAUAUGAAAUUGUGUCCGAAAUCGUGGACUUGGCGUUGAUCGACGAGCAACAGUCUUGCAGUGACGUACGCAGCGUAUUCGUGUCCAUACUACAAGCAUCAGAUUUGGACAACAGAGACAAGAAAGCCGCUAUUAUCGAUUAUAUCGCCGCAGGAAUCAAGACAUUGGGAAACACUCUGGUGUUUUUAUUGUACUUGGUCGCCAAACAUCCAGAAGUGCAAGAAAAGAUACACAACGAGUUAACAUGGUUGGCUCCGGCAGGUACGCCUAUUACCGCUGAACAUAUACACAAGGCUACAUAUUUGAAAGCAUGUAUAACCGAAGCUCACAGGCUUAAACCCACUGCUCCGUGUAUUGCAAGAGUGUUGGAAUCAGAAAUAGAAUACGACAAUUACCGAUUGCCGCCAGGGACCGUCGUGUUGUUGCACACAGGGUUGGCUUGUUUGGACGAAAACAAUUUCAAAGACGCUACCUCAUACAGACCGGAAAGGUGGCUGGACGAGUUAACGAAAAAAUCACCGUUCUUGGUCGCACCGUUUGGUUGUGGCAAACGAAUGUGUCCGGGGAAGCGAUUUGUACAAUUAGAACUCCAAAUUGUUUUAGCAAAGAUGGUCAAGCAAUUCCAAAUCGACUUCGAGGGACAACUGAAAACUGAAUUUGAAUUUCUUUUGACACCCAUUAACUCGAAUUUUAUUCUACGAGAUAGAAUUUGUUGAUGUUAUAAAAUACUUAA